AUGCCCGCCCCACCAAAGCCCAUCGUGCUCUUCGUCUGCCCGCCCGAAACCGGGCACACGAACCCCCUCCUCCCGCACGCAACGCACCUCGUCUCCCAGGGGCACACCGUACACUUCAUCGCAGGCCCCCCCUCGCAACCCGCAAUCGAGAAAGCCGGCGCAACCUUCCACGCCCUGCACAGCGUCUGGAAACCCGAGAUGUUCGACAUCAUGCACAGCUUCCCCGAUGAGCCGAGCCGCUUCAUGUACGGCCUGAAGCAUAACUUCAUUGACCUGACGGAGCCGUGCAUGCGGACUAUCGCGGGCGUCCUUGAGACCAUCCGAGACGAGCACGGGCCCGCGCAGGAGGUCGUUAUUGUGCAGGAGUACGCGGCGCUCGGCGUGUGGCCGUUUCUCCUGGGUGCGCCGCUGCCGAGGGGGUACGCGGGGUUCCCGAAGGUGGUUAUCUUUGCGACGGUGCCGCUGCCCGUCUCGAGCGUUGACACGGCGCCGUUUGGGCCGGGCCUGCCGCCUGAUUCUUCGGUGGAAGGGCGGGAAAGGAAUCGGGGGAUGUAUGAGGCGACGAAGGGGUUUGGGGACGAGAUUGCGCGGUAUGCGAAUGAGAUUUACGUGAGGCUUGGGGCGGGCCCGAUCCCUGGGGGUGUCUCGCCGAUGGACUUUUGGGGCCUUGCGGGUGAUGUCGUCGUGCAGCCGUGCAGUGCCAGUCUCGAGUAUGAGCGGAGUGACCUCUCGCCGAAGAUUCGGUAUAUUGGGGGCUUGCCGCGGAAGGAGAUUGGUCCUGCUGAUCUCCCUGGGUGGUGGGGUGAGGUGCUGGAUGCUAAGCGGGCAGGCAAGAAGAUUGUCUUUGUUAGCCAGGGGACGUUUAGGCUUGACCAUAACGAGCUGCUUCUUCCGACGCUGCGGGCUUUGAGUGAUAGGGAGGAUUGCAUGGUUAUUGGUGCGUUGGGGACCAGGGGUUCCAAGCUUGAAGAGGGCGUGGAGGUUCCGGGUAACGCAAAGGUCGUGGACUUCUUGCUGUAUGAUGCUAUCCUUGAGCAUGCGGAUGUUUUUGUGUCGAAUGCUGGCUAUGGAGGGCUCAUGCACAGUGUUAUGAAUGGGGUUCCCAUGGUGCUGGCUGGGACUGGACAGGACAAAGCUGAGGUAUCUAUGCGCGGUGAAUGGGCUGGUAUUGCUGUCAAUCUGCGGACAAGCACACCUACGGUUGAGGCUCUACGAGAGGGCAUCGACAAGGCUCUUUCGGACAGUGCCUUCAAGAAGCGCUGUGUCGAGAUUCGACGUGAAAACGAAGAGCUGGAUUGCCUGGCUCAAUUGGAGAAGUUGGUAAAUGGAGACGCAUAG